AUGCAUGUGCCCAAUUUUUCACUCGUCUUGGGCGUUCUGUAUGGCCUCCUAAACAACCAGUUUGCAGGAUGCGUAAAUCUAAGAAACAUUGCAAAGAGUGGAUUUAAUUUUUUGAAGCCACACUUGGAACAAUGGAGAGGGAAUAACAAUGAUAUGAGUAUAAUGCAUCAAAAUCGUAGAGGCGUGCAGCGCUGGAGGACGAGGAAGGUUCACCUAAAAACGGAGACACAAAUACGUGACAUUGUACUUUACCCCAGCAUGGGGAGAAACGGAAAGGUGGGUAGAGAGAAUUGGGACAUGUCACAAAAGAGUACUGAUUGUAAAAAAAGGUGUGUAGAGAAGAAAGUCAGGAAAGAAGUACUAAAAAAUGUUUGUUUCAGAAUAAAUGAGGAGAGUGAAGAACGUAUGAGAAAAUUAGAUAAACUGAAAAUAAACAACAACAAGUUGGAGAUCAUUCAAAAGAUUGAAAACAAUUUGGAGGGAAGGACAAGGUCUAAUGGCGUUUUUGAAAAUGAUGAAAACAUUCAACUUGUGGAAGCAUACUGGUUAUGCACUUUAAGAAAUAAAUAUUUCUUUUCAUUUUUAAAAAAAAAAAAAAAAUUAAUUUUCAGUGUAAGUUCAGGUGUAGAUUCUCUCUCCAUGCUAUAUUCCUUCCUCUUUGUCAUUUACAAAAUUAUGGUAACAAUAAGGUACAGAGAUUCCCACAGUUACAAGUCGCUUUUAAGAAAAAUGAGCAGUGUAUACUCCUACUCUAAUGAAGAUAUAAAUAAACUGACAAGCAGUAGUGAUGGCAAUUAUGGCAUUCACUUCUUCGCUUCUAUUUUGAGAAAUGUGACGGUCAUAUACUGCAACCACAUGACCCGUGCUGAAUGCAGCAAGGAAAGAAAUUUCUUGAAAAAUAUUUGCAAGAGGCACAAUUUGAGGUUCCGCACGAAGGCACUGACAAGGAGUUGCAUGAACAGGUUAAGGCAAAAAAUGAAAGCAAGCCAAAUGGAAGAGGCGAAACGUGUAGACGCGGAAAAAGGGGAGCCAGAGGAAAACCCACCAAACCGCUCGAACCGCUCGAACCUAUCGAACAAGUGGCAUCACAAAUUGAGGAACAAUUUUCUACAACUGGCAAGAGAGUGGAGGAGAAAUGUAUAUGUAGAUCUUACUAAACAGAUAUGCAAAGAAGACAAAAAUGUGGGACGUCAUACAUGGGAUGUUCUGCACACACAUUUAUACCCCAUCAAAUCGAAUGUGUUCCACGCAGAAGAAAAUGAUAGAGAUUGUCAGAAUCUACCAUAUGCUGAAAGGAGUGACGUGUCGAAUUAUACCUACAGAACAUACCUUACAGAUAUGGACAAUUACAUAAAAUUGACUAAUAAGAAAUCCAUUUCUGAGAUAUUGUUAAUGGGAGAAAAAAGUGGUACUAGAAUAAACACGCUGAGUACAUCUUUGUACAGUUCACUUUUGGGAAUCCCUCGAAUUUAUGCAUCUAAAAAAAUUUGUAAAUAUGUGAAAUCACUCGUAUUUUUAGGACAUCACAAGAAUGACAAUAACGAAACAUUUUUAUUUCAAAUUUUCAGAGGGGCAUUUAUUAAAAAUUUAAGAGGUAUGAAAUACAUGACAAUAUUUAAAAACUGCUUUAUAUAUAGGCCGUUUAUCAAACUAGGAAAAAUUAACCUGUACACAUACAUGCAAAUUAUAAACAAACCUUGGAUGUUCGAUAGGUCUAAUCAAAACCUCUCGCGUUCGAGAAAUUUUAUUAGAAAUAUUGUCAUACCAAAUAUAUCCCUCAUAUUUAAAGACAACGGACAAUCUGCAAAAUGUCUCGGAGGAAUUCCGCUGUCAUUCAGGGGAGGUCAUAACGAGGCGUUCGCCAUUAGUAAUCAGAGUGAUGUCACCUCGACAAGCUCUAACGUGGGAACUGCUUCUAAUGUGAAGACAUCUGCCAACAGCACAGCCAUCGCACCUCUCCAGUUAGCUUCACCACAAGGUGAAGCACCUCCCAAGGAGCUGGAGAAACUCGAAAAUAGCAUAGAAAAUAACACAGAAAAGAAUAAGGAAAAUAACACAGAAAAGAAGAAGGAAAAUAACAAGGAAAAGAACGUAGAACUACGAAACUGCCACGUGUACACAUGUCCCUGGCUUGACAACAGGCUGAGCAAUCUGAUGCAACAAACGAGAGGCUUGGAAAAUCAUUUAAAUUUUUGGAUAAAUUUAUUUACAAUUUACCUGCACAGUAAGUACUACAAGGGUGGUGUUGAAAAGACACAGAUAGGGGAUGAUAACAUAUUUGUCAGAGAAUAUCUGAACAUGCAAAGAAAAUUAUACGAUUCGUUUUUCAUAGCACAUGAUAAUAAAAUGAAUGACUUAAUAGCAAUUAAUAAAAUAAUGUAUGAACAUAAUUUCUUUUUAAAAAUUUUUAAUUUCCUUGAAUUUUUCCUCUUACCUUCCAAAUUCAUCCGUAUGGAAAUUCUGCACAAAAUGGUUAAGAAAUACGCAGGUAUUAGUCUAACAUAUGGUAACAUAGAACGAGUUUACAACUCACUGUACCAGUUUGUGCUUAAGUAUUUGUGCAUGACUGAGGGAAAAGAGACUAUCCAAUUCAGGGAUGUCUCUUCAUCCGAUGGGUCAAAUGGAGAAAUCCAUGGACAGGGAGGAGAAGGUAAAUAUAAUAAAUCAACUCAUUUGGAUUUUCAAACAAAAAAACCAUAUACACAAAAACAGAAGAUACGAGUCAUACAUCUGAACGGAAAGAGCAAAAUCUUAGUCAAUAAAACGUUAUUCAGAAUAGUGAAGAUCAAUCAUGCUGAUGAGAAGAAGGUGAAAAAGAAGCCCCUUUCUAAACUAGGAGAAAGAGGCGCAAAUAUUCACAUCCAGGAUGAUUUAUCAGUAAUGAUUUUGAGAAUAAAUCAAAAAAAUGUAAAAACGGUAGACGGAAAAAAAGGGACAUAUCUAUUCAUCAAGAAAAGAAAAAAAAAAAAAAAAGAAAAAUUCCAAAUAUAUAUUCGUUACUUAAAAAAGGAUGAUUAUAUAUAUGUGGAAAAAAAACCAAUCAAGGCAACAAAAUUUUUAUCCAAUCGUGGUAUUCCAUAUAUAUAUAAGUUUUCCUUACCAGUUAUUCAUAUACCUAAUUUCAAAAAAAACAACCUUCUUUUCUUGUACCUCUUUGAAGAAAUAAACAAUGAUAAUUUUUCCGUUCGAGAAUAUUUGUACAAGAAAAAUCUCCAAAAUUAUUUUAUUUACGACAUUCGAUUUGUUCACACAGACGAGAUCCCUUUCAACUUGUCAUGA